GUCGGCUUUUGGUGAAUCUCGAUCGCUUCGUGUAGGCUCUUUGGACGCUGAGACCUUCAAGGAACUUUCAUCGCACUGUGAUUUCAAAUGGAUCAUAAUGAGAGCCUAGCUGUUCUACUUAGAGAAGUGGUUAGGAUUAAGGAUAACUUGGAAAAAGGAAUUGCUGAAGUUGAACAAGUGAAAGUCAACUUGAAGUCUACAGCCUUGGAUUUGAAAUCCCAGAUUCGUGACAGUGUUAGUCGCCAUUUAGAGGCACUGAGAAAUAGAGAAACGUGGCUACUUCAACAGGUUGAGGUCAUACAAUGCAUAAAAGAGGGUGUUCUGCAAGAGCAGAUUGCCCUAUUUAACAAAGCUCUUGGAAGGAUCCAGCCAGCUUAUGCAUUGUUAGAACAGAAUGGCGAAGGCCUUGAUGCUGAAACCUUGGAAGAUCUUGUGGAGGAAAGUUUGCAAGAUGUUAGUUGCAUGAACUUAAGUCCCAAGGAAACCAAUGUAAUGAGCUUUGUUGCUCAUAAUUUUGGGCUUCAAGAUGUCAUACACAAAUUUGGAGCAGUGGUUUCUGAUAGUCAUCUUGUGGACAAGCAGAUAACAUUUGAAGAGUGGAUCAGGAAGAAUAAUGGUAAAAGGUCCCAGGAAGAUAUCCUGAUAGCCUCGUCUUUAGAAUUGAAUAUCCAUGACUGGCUGAAGCAGGACACAGUGCUAGUUGAGAAAGCUCCAGAAAAUUCACUCUCUUUACCUCAGUAUCCCUUGGAUGACUGGUUGAGCAAAGCCAAACCACAAGUCGAGCACACAGAAAAAGGGAGUAGUUUGCAAGUUGCCGACAAGGAAGAUUUGGCUGUGGUAAAUACUGAAGCAACAGAGACACAAGGUUGGUGUCAAGAUUCACUGAUGACAAGUACACUCUCUGUAAUGCCUUUAGCCUACUUCAAAAUUGUAAGAAUGUCUGAGUCAAGUCAGUGGUUGAAGAAUUCUGAAGAAACAGAAGAAACUCCUACCUGUGCCACUGGGGAAAUUGCUUUUAUGCAGGAUCCUGGGGAGUGGUUGAAGGAUACACCUACCACAGAGUCUUGCACAGAUCUUGAAAGCUAUGCAAUGACCUCAGUCUUCACUGGUAUUAAUAAUGAUGAAAUAUGCUUGGCAGUUCAGGCUAACCAACAGUGGCUGUUACCUGGUAUGGAGAGCAUUUCAGAAGAAGGAGGAGCAGAAGGCUUGACAAGAAGUGGUAUGAAGUCCUACAUUAACUCCCUUCCAGUUGAUAGCAAUUUCUGGUUGUUACCUUCAGCAACAAAUAAAGACAUUUGUGGGUGGCUGGCACGCACUUCAUAUGAACAAUGCAAGAACUGCCCAGUUAUGUGUUCAAAAGGACUGUUUAAAGUCUUUGAUGAGACUGCAAGUCCCCAGGAUGGUUGGCUCAUGUCACAAGAACUCUAUUGAGCCCUGAUAUUAAUGAAUAGCACCAAGUAAAUGGUCCAUGUCAAAGAAAAACAAUUGUUAUUCUAUUCUUUAAACUAAAGCAUUGAUCCAUGAACUGCUAUGGUCAGCAUUCAGUAUUUUAUUUUAUGAUGUAGUUUAUGAGAGGGGUCACUCUAGCACUGAAAAUAGCUUUAUUAGGGUAUGAGAGAGCAGGGGGUUAAAUUUUGAUAAUUUUAAUGUUUUUUUUUUUUUUUUCAGUUCUGAUUUAAAAGGUGUUAUCGUUAUAUCAUGUUUUUUUUACAUGAUGUACGUGAAGGUAGUUCUUUGUCCAUUGGAUUUGUUGAAUAGGUCUUAUGUUCCAUAGAGGAACAUCCGCCCUCCCUUGAGAGGGAUAAGGAACAGCGAUUCACAAUGGAAUCCAUGUAAACAUAUGAUAUUAGUGUAAAGAAAUUAAUAAUUUAGCUUUGCUUUCAAGGCACAAUGUUAAAGAGUUUUGCAGAUGUAUUCUGCACUUAAGUGUGUUUCUUAAUAUGAACGAGCCUUUGGUAACCUACAGUUUUCUGGAAGCUGGCCUGCCAUGGUGCUAGGCAUGUUAGUGAGAAUUAUCGCUCUAUCCAGCAAAUUUACCCAGAGGAGCUCUAGCUAUUUUUGUGUCCUGUUUAAUACUUUUAGUUUAUAGUGGGCAGUUUUGUAAAAGAAAAGUAUAUUUUGUUCCAUGAAACAGCUGAGAACUCUGAUUAUUGAGUAAUUUCACUUAUGAUUAAUCAAAUUGUCUUCUAAAAUGGUGA